GACUGUGAUUGGACGAGGCGCUGGUGGCUCGUGAAGUUCAGGAGGCAUGUUCCAAGUUCCCAAGUUGGAUGGGAAGAAGACUCAGAAGUGCCUCUGCCUGCAGCUGUAUCUGUGACAAACUGUGAAGUCUGAAGCUAAGUGGUCGACCACGGGACAGGCAGAGCCUCCAGGGGGCCAUGUCUGGCGGCAGCGGUGCAAACAACAGCUGGACCAUCGUCACUCCUGAGGAAACUGCUGCUGAAACCCUGAGGCCUUUGGCAGGGGAUGGAGAGCGUCAUGAGGAAAGAACAGCGGCAGCAGGUCCUGGGGAUGACAACCAGCCUGCAAAUGAUGCAGAGUCUGCAAAGAGGCUCCCUGUGGAGGACUGCCCGGUAUCAGCGGAGCUAAGUGGAGACUCCAGCACGGAUCAGCAGACCUCUGUGCCCACCAUUGGCACUGAUACCCUCAUUCCUUCCACUUCGGAUGUCUCUGGCAACUUGGCGCAUGGCAGUGAUGAAGCUAGCCAACCAAAGGGCCUACCUGAGGGCCUGGCACAGUUCAGCCCUGACCCGGAUUCCUCCUCCGGUGCCUACACCCACAUAACUCCCUCACCCGAAGAGCCCCCGGCCUCACCGCCGAGCACAGACACCCUUGGAGGCGGAGAGUUUCCUCUUGAUGGGGAGGAGCUUCACCAAGAAGGGCAGGAGUCGGACCAUUAUCCAAAAACCACUGACUUGGGAAAACAUGCAGCUCCAGACUCCCCCGUGGGUGACUCGGACGCGGGUGAGGAGAGGACUGAGAAGACGGGAGAGGAGGGAGAGUCGGGGGUGAGGAGGAGGAGGUCUCUCUUGGCCGCUCUGGAACAGAUUGGACGGAGAGAGGAAGAAAUAGAGGAAGAAGAGUUUCACAUGCCGCAACGGGAUGACGACAGCGGCUUCACUUUGAACAAGUGCAUCCUGGGCGCCGUCAUUCUCGUGGGCCUCGGCACCAUCUUUUUCUCAGGUGUCUUCAUGGACCUGGAUGAGGAGAGUGACUAUGGUACGAGGGAGCUGAAAGAUACCGAGGUGCCGGGAAAACAGGAGUGGCGUAAUCCCGAGGUUCCUCCGCCCGCAGUAGACGCCGACAGUUUACAGCUUCUAAAUAAGCUCGCUGAAGGGAACGAGCAAAUUUCUGUGUUACAAGCCCAACUUCAGGCACAGAAUGAGGAGCUAAAAGUAGCCAAGGGACAGGCAGCAGUGGGAGAGAAGGAGCGCCUGCGGUGGGAGGAGGUGGAGAAGGAAAACAGUAGGUUGAAGACAGAGAUGGCAUCUCUCCCUGUCCUUCAGAAAGAGAACAAGAGGAUGAAGAAAGAGCUGGAAUCUAUCCCGGCCCUACAGAAAGAACUAGAAACUCUGAGAUCCACUCUGACUGAAUUAAAACUCUCCUCAGCACCCAGUCAGACUGCUAAAGAGCCUGUGAAGCCCGCUACGUCGCCCCCAACUGGCCAGCCGGAGGACGGCAAGCAGGCCCCAGCUGUACCUGCCGAGGACGAGGCUAGGAAAGAACUGGGUGACCAGAAGGAGAAGAAGAAGGAUGUGAGGAAGGAUAAAUAUGAUGUGGGAAAGAAGACGGAGGGGAAAGAGAAAGAAAAGUCUGCAUGGAAGGAUGGAGAGAAAAAAGAACGUAAAGAUGGAGGUAAAAGAGAAGGAAAGAAGGAAAAACACGAGCAAGAAAUGUACGACAACGAGGGAGUGAAGGAAAGUAAGCAAAAGAGGCAGAGUGACGAGACAAAACAAUGGAGGGAGAAAGACUGGAAGAAAGAGAAGGCUAGGGGUGAUGGAGGAAAGCCGUGGAAGGAUAGAGAAGUUAAGAAAGAGUGGGGAGAAAAGAGUGAAAAAAAGGAACGGAAGGAAGAGAAAGACAGGAAAAAGGUGAAGCAUGAGAAAGUGGAUGAAGGUAAACAGUGGAAGGGUAAGGAGGAGAACAAGGACUGGAAGGGAGGGAAGGACCGUGGGAAUAGCCACAAGGUCAAGGAGGAAUGGAAGGGAGAGAAAGAAUGGAAGAAAGUGAAAGACGGCUUCAAGGAAAGUGGCAAAGAGAAGUGGGAAAAGAAAGACUGGAAGGAGAAAGGAGAGAACAAAGAGUGGAAGAAACACACGGAGUGGACGAAUAAAAAUGACAAAGCUCACCAUAAAGAAGGAAAAGGGCAGGGUGAAAGGAAACAGUGGGAAGACGGCAAAAGCUCUGGGAAAGACAGAACGGGGAAGGAUGAGAGGAAACAGGCGAACGAGUGGAAGGUGAAAGAUGGAAAACAUGAGAAGGAAUGGAAAAGGAAGGAUGAAACCAAGGAACAGUGGGACAAGAAAGAAGAGGACUGGAAAAGAGGACAGAAAGAGAAAAAGCUGCAUGGAGACGGAAAAAAAGAUGGAUCAAGCUCCCAGAAAAACAAAGAUGUGCACAAGUCUGCUGGUAACCAUGGCCACAAGGGAGAGCACCUGUACGCCGAGCAGAAGCCCUCUCACACGCACCGCAGACCCUCCAUGGGAGAGCCGGAGUACUGGGUCCAGCAAAGACGCCGCCUCCAGCACAAUCCCAAACCACGGCAGCAGUGCGACUCGCCGGAGAGCUGCGCCCGCGCCGAGCGGCUGCUCCCCGUCCCCUUACCCGAGUUUGAGGCCGUCCUCCAAACCUACCUGGCCAAGGCAGAGGAGGCGGGAGUGGAGGAGUCCAAGAGGGAAGAGCUGCAGAAGCUGGCCACCGAGUUCUUCAAGGAUGGAGUGUUUGUUCACGACCAGAUGAGCUUCCACGAUUUUGUCGAGGAUUUGGGAGAUAUUCUGGAAGACAUGGUGGAAGGGGACGAGGACGAGGAGGACGAAGAGGAGGACGAAGACAGCGCCUUAGAGGAAGAGAUGGAGGAGUUUGAAAGGGAAAUAAUGAAGAAGUUUGCAGCGCCGGGAGCUGGAGAGAAAGAAGAGAAAAUCAAAGGGGAGUGGAGGAAGGAGAGCGGCCAAGGACGUGGCUGAUGAAAUGAUGGAAUUGAUGGAUCUGUCAGAAGCAGCUAAGAGGAGCGGGGGCGGUGGAUCAAAAGGGAACAUUUCAAAUCAAAUUCGACCACAAAGCUUCAAACGUACACAUUUAUCCACUUGUCAUCCUUUCUGCAGGACGGUUUGUUUUGUAUUACCACUUCCAUCUGUCACUCAACAAAUGUUUGUAUUUUCCAUGCACGUACAUAGAACACAGCGAUAUAGGAAGGGCUCACAUGUACGUCAGACCGUAGUGUUUUUGUAAGGGUUUCUGUGCACACUGCUGCAUUCUCCUUCUGCUUAAGACAGAGUAGACCUGUUGGACUGGGUUGGAUGUCUCACACUGGUAUUUACUUUAUUCAAACACGCCACUACUUCCUCUGCAAACACUGUCGAAGUCUACUCACUGAUCAGGCCUGCACCUACAGUACGCCAUAUUUAUAUGUUACUUAAUUAAGCUUUAUUCUUAACUAUUUUAUUUAAUUAGGCUUCAGCAGAUUAGGUGAAUACUCCAUGCAGCAUUUGAGAAUUCUUUAUUGAUAUUUUGAUGUUUGUACAUAUUGCAUUAAACAUGUGUUCAAUAACUUGCUGAAAUUUAGAAGUAUAUAUGUAAUUUAUUUUAGAGAUGCUGGCAUAGUUUGGAAAAAAAAAAGAAAACGUAUCGGAGGCACAUAAGAUAUUGACGCAAUGUGUGUGUUUCCUUUCGGGUACAGAACUCUUGUCGUGCACUAAAAUGUCUGUAAUAAUUGUUUUACUAUGAAUGUAGCAUUUGUUUAUGAGUACGUUGGCGAGGGUAGAAAGUUUUGUAUGUUUACCAGUGAGUUUAUGAAAUGUAGCCUGAUGUUGAGGCAGAGCCACAUGCUCUGUGAACUUUGAAUGUUUGGGAGUUGGUGUUUUUCCGUUGUCACGAGAGAAAAAAUAAUAAAUUUAAAGCCUCCCUGUGA